ACAACGAAACCCUGAACUCGUAUGGUAUACGUCACGUCCACGUCAAUCGCGCGUUUUUAGACCAGUUUGAGAUUGCGGACUGUGUCUACCGAUAGUUUCACUUCAUAUGAAUAUAGUUUGUGUAAUAUUCUACUUUAAUUUAAUUGUAUUAGGUUUAUAAUAUGACGGAGAAAGCGGCCCCGGCUCCGCUGGCCCGCACUGUGUUGCAGCAGUGCCUCCACGCCCGGCUCCAGGUGGCCCCGCCGGGUCCGGAAUCAGAGGCGGAAUGGGUCCAGAUUGACCGGGGAAUGGUGAUCUACGUGUGUUUCUUCAAAGGGGCGACAGAAGACAUGCUGCCUAAAAUGGUGUCCGCCCUGCUGAACCAGCGUCUGUGUGAGAGGGCGUCGGGGGGGCUGGCCUCAGUGCUGGAGCUCCGGGGCAGCGUGUUGGUGGUACCCCAGGCCACGCUGGGCGGGCGGGCCAAGGGCCGGGCCAUGCAGUACCACGGGAACAUCGGCAAGGAGGACGGGCUGCGGCUGUACCAGCGCUUCGUCUCGCUGUGCCAGGCCCAGCUGCAUGCGGCGGGAGGGGCAGAGGGGGCGGGGGCAGAGGGGGCGGGGGCAGAGGUCAAACACGGAACCUACGGGAACCGACAGGUUCUCAAGCUGGACACCAACGGACCCUACACCCACCUGAUGGAGUUCUGACCAAACGAACACUCUCCCUCUACACCCACCUGAUGGAGUUCUGACCCAAACGAACACUCUCCCUCUACACCCACCUGAUGGGGUUCUUACCACAACACCAUCUCCCUCUACACCCACCUGAUGGGGUUCUUACCACAACACCAUCUCCCUACACCCACCUGAUGGAGUUCUGACCCAAACGAACACUCUCCCUCUACACCCACCUGAUGGGGUUCUGACCACAACACUCUCCCUGUACACCCACCUGAUGGGGUUCUUACCACAACACUCUCCCUCUACACCCACCUGAUGGGGUUCUGACCACAACACUCUCCCUCUACACCCACCUGAUGGGGUUCUGACCACAACACACUCUCCCUCUACACCCACCUGAUGGGGUUCUUACCACAACACUCUCCCUCUACACCCACCUGAUGGGGUUCUUACCACAACACUCUCCCUCUACACCCACCUGAUGGGGUUCUUACCACAACACCAUCUCCCUCUACACCCACCUGAUGGGGUUCUUACCACAACACACUCUCCCUCUACACCCACCUGAUGGGGUUCUUACCACAACACCAUCUCCCUCUACACCCACCUGAAGGGUUUUGAACCAAACUUCUAACUCGCGUUGACUGCUGGGGAUUUUUUUUCACAACAGCUAGGUUCAUUAAUGAUAAUAGAAAUAUAUAACGAAUAAUAUAUCAUGUGUUAUGAUACCAAAAAAAGUUUCUGAUUUGAAAAUUGAUUUAUGAAUAAUGCUUCAUAAUGUCUUAAUUUUAAAUGUAUGCUAUCAUCAGCGUUUAGGUAUGUUUAUUAAAUAUGAUUUAUGGAUUUCAAGAACCAAGAGUUUAUAUAUUUCUCUCACCUAUAGACUUGUUAAGUCUCUUUCUCAGUUAAUUUCACAACAUGUUUGAUAUCCUCAGCUUUUUAUUUGUUACUUCGAAAGGCGGUUGAGAGUAGAGAAUGAAUCCUUCUAACAACCAGGUGUGAUGCUGCCAGUACACGCCAUCACUCAUCUGACCUCGUGUGACAUCACAAGUGGGACAGUCCAACUAAUUGCUCCAACUCCACCCCUACCAGUUGGUAUAGUCCAGGUAGUGGCUCUAAUCUGCCGUUCAUAUAGGCGCGUUCAUUCUCCUAAUAAUAACGAAAUGCCUCAUCAGUGAUCACGCUCAGCGACGUUGGGGACUGGUAAACCAGCUCUAGAUAAGGGCCAGUGUAGCCCUCCAUACCGUGGCUGUACCAUACUAUGCUACUAUAUACAAUGUGCUUCUCAUAACCAAAAGCUGAAGGACAGUAUAGGCUACAAACACAGAACCUAUGUUCCACGCCCAACAGCUGUUGGCGGCAAUCCUGUUGGUGUGAUAUAUACCGCUGACGAAUAACCUAGAUUCCGAACGCAGUGCACAUGAACAGUCGCUGUCGGUAGAGCUGGGUGAUUAAUCGAUUUUUAAUCGUAAUUCGAAUUUAUGGUCAAUUGAUUAAAAAUAUAUAUA